ACGUGAAUCUCUGCAGAUGUCCUUUCUCAAGGGCAUAUUUAAGAAAAUUAAAGCGUUUGACGAUGAAAAUAGGAAGGAAAAAUCCACUCUGGAUUCGAUAACUCGUGAUGUAAACCCAGAAAUAGUGUGGGAGAAUUUAUGCGAACUCGGCGACGGGGCGUUUGGUAAAGUUUACAAGACUAAAAACAACAAUACUCAUCUUUUAUCUGCUCUAAAACGCGUUGAAUUUUCUACGCUUGACGAGUUGAAUGAUUUUAUGAUUGAAAUCGAUAUACUCACGAAAUGCAAGCACCCAAAUAUAGUAAAGCUGGAAGAAGUAUAUAUAUACGAAUCAAAACUUUGGAUGUAUCUGGAAUUUUGUGGUGGUGGUGCUGCCGAUGCUGUUAUGCAGAAAUUGGAAAGAGGAUUCUCAGAGCGCCAAAUAAAGUUUCUAUGUAAAGAGAUUUUACAAGGUCUUGCUUUUUUACAUGCCAAUUUGUUUAUUCAUCGGGACUUAAAGGCAGGAAAUGUCUUGUUCACUCUCGCUAACGAGGUAAAGAUAGCCUUGUCAGCUGACUUCGGAGUGUCUGCUAGAUUAGCAAGUGAGAAAGCUAGGCGUGACAGCUUCAUUGGUACACCUCAUUGGAUGGCACCCGAAGUUAUAGCUUGCGAAUACUUCAAGGAUUCCAACUACAGUUCGAAAGCAGAUAUAUGGUCAUUAGGAAUCACUUUAAUUGAACUUGCUGAAAUGUAUCCGCCUAAUCAUUCAAUGAACCCGACUCGUGUACUGAUGCAAAUAACUAAAGCUGAUCCUCCCACACUUUCGAACCCCAAAUUAUGGUGA